UCAGAAUAUAAAAUCUUCCAGCUGAGAAGGCUGAAGAUUUCGUCCGGUGUCAUUAAAAGUUGAAUUUUUUUGUUAAAAAAAAAAUUUAUAAAAUCCCUUUAGCUCUCGAGUGUUGUGAUUUUUAAAACCAGUCAGUGUUUUCUAAAUAUUCCUCCCAAAUAAAUCGUUUUUUCUAACGAUAUGGCUGCAUCUAUGAGAUUAUUGCAAGGCCAGGCCCGCAAAGUUGGUCAAUAUGGAUUCGAUGUUCAGUCACGCAACUUCCACGCCUCGUGCGCUGUUGCCUCCAAGGUGGCUAUGUCCAAAUUCGACACCGACGUGUAUCUUCCCUACGAGAAACUCGCCAAGAACUUGGAAAUCGUACGUAGCCGCUUGAACCGUCCUCUGACUUUGUCAGAGAAGAUUCUCUACUCUCAUUUGGACAACCCCAAAGAGCAGGACAUUGUCCGUGGUAACUCUUACCUUCGUUUGCGCCCCGAUCGUGUUGCUAUGCAAGAUGCUACCGCUCAGAUGGCUUUGUUGCAAUUCAUCUCGUCUGGAUUGAAGCGUGUCGCCGUACCCUCAACCGUCCACUGCGAUCACUUGAUCGAAGCCCAGGUUGGCGGUGACAAGGAUUUGGCUCGCGCCAAGGACCUUAACAAGGAAGUCUACGAAUUCUUGGCUUCCGCUUGCGCCAAAUACGGUCUUGGUUUCUGGAAACCAGGCAGUGGUAUUAUCCAUCAAAUCAUCUUGGAAAAUUACGCCUUCCCCGGACUUGUGAUGAUCGGUACCGAUUCUCACACACCCAAUGGAGGCGGUUUGGGCGGUCUCUGCAUUGGUGUCGGUGGUGCUGAUGCCGUUGAUGUAAUGGCCAACAUCCCAUGGGAGUUGAAGUGCCCCAAGGUUAUUGGUAUCCAUUUGACCGGUAAGAUCAGUGGAUGGACAUCACCCAAGGAUGUCAUCUUGAAGGUAGCUGAUAUCCUCACCGUUAAGGGUGGUACUGGCGCCAUUGUUGAAUACCACGGCAAGGGUGUCGAUUCGAUUUCUUGCACUGGCAUGGCCACCAUUUGCAACAUGGGUGCUGAAAUCGGUGCCACCACCUCAUUCUUCCCCUUCAACAGCCGCAUGGCUGAUUACUUGAAAUCAACUGGCCGUUCCAACAUUGCUGGUGAGGCACAAAAACACAAGGACAAUCUCUUGACUGCUGACAAGAACUGCGAAUACGAUGAAUUGAUUGAACUCAACUUGGACACAUUAGAACCCCAUGUCAAUGGUCCAUUCACACCAGAUUUGGCUCAUCCAAUUAGCAAAUUGGGUGAAAACUCAAAGAAAAAUGGAUACCCAAUGGACAUUAAGGUUGGCUUGAUUGGUUCCUGCACCAAUUCUUCAUACGAAGACAUGGGUCGUUGUGCCAGUAUUGCCAAGAAUGCAAUGAAACAUGGUCUCAAAUCAAAGAUUCCCUUCAAUGUGACACCCGGAUCAGAACAAGUACGUGCCACCAUUGAACGUGAUGGCAUUGCCUCAACAUUGUCUGAAUUCGGUGGUACCGUAUUGGCUAACGCUUGUGGUCCAUGCAUUGGUCAAUGGGAUCGUAAGGAUGUUAAGAAGGGUGACAAGAAUACCAUUGUUACAUCUUACAAUCGUAACUUCACCGGACGUAAUGAUGCCAAUCCCGCUACUCACUGCUUUGUCACAAGCCCUGAAUUGGUGACAGCUCUCUCAAUUGCCGGUCGUCUUGACUUCAACCCAUUGACCGAUAGCUUGAAGGGCUCCGAUGGCAAGGAAUUCAAAUUGGAUGCUCCAUUUGGUGAUGAAUUGCCCUCAAAGGGAUUCGACCCCGGUAUGGACACAUACGAUGCUCCACCACCAAGCGGUGAUAAUCUUAAAGUGAAUGUUGACCCCAAAAGCCAGCGUCUUCAGCUCCUCGAACCAUUCGAUGUAUGGAAUGGCCAAGAUUUAACCGACAUGACCGUUCUCAUUAAAGUCAAAGGAAAGUGCACAACUGAUCACAUUUCUGCCGCCGGUCCAUGGUUGAAAUACCGUGGUCAUUUGGACAACAUCUCAAACAACAUGUUCAUUGGUGCUACCAACUCAGAAAACAACGAAAUGAACAACAUCAAGAACCAAAGGUCAGGCCAAUGGGGCGGAGUACCCGAUGUUGCCAGGGACUACAAAGCCAAUGGCAUCAAAUGGGUUGCUGUUGGUGAUGAAAACUACGGUGAGGGUUCAUCUCGCGAGCAUGCCGCUUUGGAACCACGUCACUUGGGUGGCCGUGCCAUCAUUGUCAAAUCGUUUGCCCGUAUCCACGAAACUAACUUGAAGAAACAAGGUCUCCUCCCUCUUACAUUCGCAAACCCCUCUGAUUACGAUAAGAUCCAACCAACAGACAAAAUCUCUCUAAUUGGAUUGAAGGGUUUGGGAGCUGGCAAACCAGUUGACUGUGAAAUCAAACAUGCCGAUGGCAAGGUCGACAAGAUCAAGCUCAACCACACACUGAACGAACAACAGAUCGAAUGGUUCAAGGCUGGCAGUGCCCUCAACCGCAUGAAGCAAUUAUCUGGCAACUAAGUAGCCUUAUCCCAAAUACCCCCUCAGGUUCCCUAAUAAUAAUGAGAAAGAAGAAAAAUACAAACAAAUCGUGUAGUUUUUAGAACAUCAUUUCUCUAAAAAUAAAUACUUAAUAAUUAUUAUGAGUAGCAGCAGGAGUGUUCGGUCAGUCCUUCCUAUGAUUUAAGUUUGAAUGUAAAUUUUUUUUUUGUCACAUUAUAUACAACAGCGAUCCAGCUACCGAUUAAUACUGUUUAAAAUAUUUAUCAAUGUAAAGCAAAUAUCUCAAUAUUUUAUGUGCGCUGUUUAAUUGCAAAUCAAAGUUCAAUUGUUUUAUAAAAAAAAAAAUUACAAAUUAAAUUAUACAUACAAAAUACCUACGAAUUAUAUUGAGAAUAAUUGUUUUUACAAAUAUAUAUAUAAAAAAAAAAAUAAAUAAAAUAAAAGAAAUGAUAUUAAA